AUGUGGCAACGUGCGCUGAAAGAGGACCAGUCGAUGAGGCCGGAGGUCAGACUCUCUCUGCCCGCACUGACCACCUGCAAAACCCUGCUGAGCUUCAGACCGCAGAUGCGAAGCAACCGAUUGCUGAAGCUCGGCGAUGAGGUCGCCUGUUCUCUGGGUGGUGAUAUCGCGCCGGUCCCCUCCUCUGCUCUGUUCACCAUGAGGCACCUCGGCUCUCGUCAUAAAGAGGUCAGCCAGUGGCAAGCCCAGAUAUUUGAGAGCAUCGGGCAAGUGGAUCUUGAACUUACUGCUGUGGAGCAGAGCAAAGACACCGCUGAGCGCUGCCUCCAGGAGAAGCAGCUGUUCGGUCAGCUCAUCGGCGGCUGCGUGGCCAUCGGCUACGGCCUGUGCUCGGCGGUCCAGGGACAGAGCCGCGUCCUCGACGAGCUCAAGAGGGAGGAGCAGCUGAACAAUGAGAUCAAAGAACUGCUCCAGAAGCAGAUUUGCGUCCUGCUCAUCAAGUCCAGCUCCCUGAAGGAGAUUCGCACUCGGCUGCUGGCCGAUUUUCAGGACAAGAGUGAAGCCAUCAAGCUCACCACCAAAUGCAUCAACCAUCGCCUCCAAACCUCCAGCUCCGAGCUCCCCGGCGGUCAGCACAAGCCCAACUACGUGAGCUAUGACCACUGGCUGUCGCACUGCAAGGCCCUGAAGGGAAAGGCCGAUCACCUGAUGAAGGACUCGUCUAUCUACAGACAAAACCUGCGUUUCACCCUGGUCAACGAAAAAAAUGCCCAGGAACGCCAACGCCGCAGCGUAGAUGAUGCCCUGAGACAAAAGAUCAACGAGCUGAGCCAGCUCCAGAAUGCACUGGUCUGGGAGAGGCAGCGGUUGAGGGAUGAAAUGACUGAUCAGACAAGAUGCGUGCAAAACGCGGUGGGUCAGAUCAGGAGCUGUGAUUCCAAACUGCAGCAGGCAACCCAGCGCCUGGACAUCCUCGACCAGAGACCCAGACAGGAGCUCUGCCUGGACCAGGCCUUCUUCACCCUCAGACUGGAGGAACAUGACCUGGCUAACAUGGCGGCCGGACUUCUCUCCGUACUGAAGCACGCUCAGCAGGAACUUGAGUGCACACAAAAGACCAUGAUCACUGUGCAGGACCACAUUGACCGAAAUGCUCGUACCAUGGGGGAGGCGCAGAAGUGUCAGAAACUGCAUCAAAGUUUCCUCCCUGCUCUCGACCCCGCUGUCGUCUUUGCCAAUAAGCACGCAGUGCGCCCCGGCCGGUCCAGCGCUUACUCUUAUCUGCAGUAAGGCCUGCUAGAGUGCGUUGGCGCUCUGAGGGCCUUUUCCUAAUG